AACCUUUGGCCGAGAGCAGCCAUUGACAGGGAAUCAUCUAUCUGACCCAUUGAGCUCACCUUGUCUACUGCUGCACCUUCGCCGGUGCCGCCUAUCGAACAAUCCCCGCCGAUCUCCCAACGUCAUGCUUCCUCCUGCCUAUCUCGUCUGUUUGCGACGCGCUAUCAGAAAGCACUCGCGUGUUGGGGCCAUGGCAUCUUUUGCGAUCAUCUUCCCAUUGGCGGCUUGCGCUGCUGACAUGGCCUUGGUAGUGAUGCUAUCUACCAAGACCCUUCGCCUGCGCAGCAGUGUAGAGAUGUUGGUGGGUGUAUAGGUAGGGACGACCUCUUCUUGCGUAGACUGCACACUGUUUCUUUGCGCCAAACGGACGCGAAUUCAUACCAUUCCACCAUUCAGCAACGAUGUCUUCCGCAGGUAGCCUUCAGGUGUUGCCCAGCGGGGCUGGCUAUGGCAUUGUCAUCGGCAUUGGUGGCGUCUUCGCCGUGCUAAUGAUCUUCAUCACUUGGCUACAGAACAGAUAUACUCGCUUCUCGACUAAGCAGGCAGAGGAGUUCAACACCGCUUCCCGCUCCAUUCGACCUGGCUUGAUCGCUGCGGGAAUUGUAUCCUCAUGGACAUGGAGUGCUACGCUGCUCACAAGCUCGACCUUCGCAUACUCCUAUGGCGUGUGUGGGCCGAUGUGGUACGGUGCAAUGGGUAGCUUCCAGAUCUUGCUAUUCGCGCUCAUUGCGAUCAAGAUCAAGGCCAAUGCACCAGGCGCUCAUACUUUCCCGGAAAUCGUACUUGCUCGACACGGCAAGAUAGCACACAUCACCUACCUCUUCAAUGGCUUCGCGACUAACAUGCUCGUCGGUGCAUGCUUGGUCCUCGGCGGCUCGCAGGUUGUCGCAGCGCUAUCAGGCAUGAAUGUUUACGCAGCCUGCUUCCUGAUUCCCAUCGUGGUCGCAGCCUACGUGAUCGCUGGUGGGCUUCGCUCGACCUUCAUCGCUGAUUAUGUUCAUACCGUCAUCCUCUUCAUAGCGAUCUUUGUCUUCGGCUUCUCAAUGUACGCCACAUCGGAUUUGGUAGGAUCGCCAAGCAAGCUCUAUGACCUGCUGCUGCAAGCCUCAGAGACGAUGCCAAUAACGACGAACAAGGAUGGGUCUUACCUGUCGUUUUACUCUGUUGAUGGGCUAGUGUUCGCCAUCGAUCUGUUUGCUGCUGGCUUUAGUACCGUCUGGCUGGAUCAGGCGUACUGGCAACGAGCGAUUGCGAGCAAACCGGAGACUAGCGUUCGAGCCUACAUUCUCGGCGGCGUCGCGUGGUACGGCAUUCCAUUCGGCUUCGCAACAGCCAUGGGACUCGGCUGUGCAGCUUUGACGGGCAACCCGCGGUUUCCGACCUACCCCAAUCCAUUGUCCGCCGCGCAGAACGGGGCCGGCCUUUCGUCCCCAGCCACCGCAAUCGCACUACUUGGCAAGGGCGGCGCUGUGUUGAUGCUCAUUCUACUGUUUAUGGCUGUUACAUCAUCAACAUCGGCGGAACUGAUCGCUGUAUCGUCACUACUCACAUUCGACGUCUACAAGACUUACAUCAAGCCCGACUCGACGUCCGAUAGGCUUGUGCAGAUCUCGCACUUCGGCAUCGUGUUGUACGCUUUGUUGCUGGCGGCCUUCUGCAGCAUCCUCAAUGCGGUUGGCCUCAACCUUACGUGGCUAUUGACCAUUCUGGCCAUUAUCGUUGGCGGAGCAUCAAUGCCUGUCGGGCUGAUUUUACUCUGGAAACGCAUGUCCACCGUUGCCGCUGUUGGCGCGCCAUGGAUCGGUCUCGUCUGCGGUCUCGUUGCGUGGUUUGUCACGACUUACAAACGGUCCGGUGCCAUUACCGUAGAGACAACGGGCAACACCAUCAACGCAGUCGCUGGCAAUAUCACGUCAUGGGGUGUUGGCUUCAUCAUGGCAGUCGUGCUGUCGUUCGCCUUCCCAGCCAAAUAUACAAGCACCGAUGCCAGGCACAUCGAGCGGAGCAACAAGAUUCAGGGCAUUGCUUCGUCCACCGCACGCACGCCAGUCCAGCCCGGCUCGAGAGCAGCCGAGCUGGAAGAUGAAAAGGACCAUGAAAAGGAUGACGACGACAAGACUGGGCCUCCCGCCAGCGCUCAACCGGAGGCAGCACCAGAGCCAGAGUCAUUCGUGCCUACGGGGAAUGAGCUUGUUGAUUUCCUCGAAGCGCGCAACAUGGAGCCGAUGGACCCAGUAGCGGUGAAGGAAGGCGAACGUCUCGCCAUCGGAGCGAACUUGGUAUUCUUCUUCGUGGCCAUCAUCCUCGUGCCAUUUACACUUUUUGGCACGAAAUAUAUUUACGGCCGCUCGUUCUUCACGGGUUGGGUGGUGGUGAGCUUCAUCUGGGUUUGGGCGAGCAUGACCAUCUGUGUGAUCUACCCCGUUGUGGAGAGCACGGGUGCACUGAAGGACAUCUCGAAAGGCUUGUGGAGAGACUUCCUCGCUUUGUUUGGCAAACGUAAGGCAAAGGUUGACGAGAGGACGGCGGGCGCGGCUUGAGACUCUAUUGUUUACCGUACCCGGUUAGUGCUGCUUAAAGGAGCUACAGCGCCCUUAAUAUUUCACGACUUCACGACU